AUGGAAGCUUUGCUGCCGCGCCAUAGUGACACUCACUUUGCUAACAUUCCGUAUGGCUAUUAUGCACUUUUGGUAAGCGUAGGUUUUGUUCUGAGUAUUAUCGCCGCACGAUUCGUGGUUCACAGCCGACCAAAAUCAAAUUCUCGCUGGGAUCGCAUUGUGUCGCGUAGGUGGUACAAUGCCUCGCCCUUGCUAGGACUUUUUUCGUUAUUUAUUCCGCUUUUGGUCCCGUUUGUUCACCACUAUAGCUUUUUGAGUCACUUGACUGUAUACUUAAAAAGGCUAGGUCGGCUCAGCUACGUUCUGGCUACCCUCAACCUCUUUCUCACACUGCGACCCAACCUAUUACUGCCUAGAUAUGUCUACUUGAACCUUAUUCCACUCCACAAAUGGCUGUCGAGGUCCAUCUUUCUCCUGGCAUUGUUGCACGGAGGAGGCUUCCUCGUUUGGUGGGGUACAAACUCCGAAACCUCUGUUGUAGACCAUGCCUUCCGCAACAUUUGGAAUUUGUUGGGUGUAAUGAUUUUGGUCCUUUUGACAAUUUUAGUCCUGGUUUCCGUCAAGCCCAUGCGGAGAUUCAGCUAUAGAAACUUCUACUUCAUCCAUUCUAUUGCGUCUUGGGUUUUUGUAUUUGCUACUGCGUUACAUGCCCGUCCAGGUGUAUGGGCUCCUUACACGGUGAUAAAUGCUGGUUUAUUCGUUCUUCAUAUCAUAUCUAAGACCUUCUUUGCCCGAGCUGUCGAACUCCUCCCUAACGAUUUAGACAAUCAGGAACCCUUUGGUCUCUCUCGCAUCGUCUUACCACGAAAGGCCAUGCCCGAGACCUUUUCCCCUGCCUCUCAUUUGCGUAUUUCGCAGUACAGUCGCUUAAAUCCGCUCUAUUUCAUGCUUCCUUCCCAUCCUUACACUGUUUCCACGCUUCCAGACGAUCCAUAUGUGGAACUCAUCGUGCGAGAACAUGUAGGUGGGUUUCAAUUACAGACAGGAUUGAGAUAUACGAUCCAAAACCACUACGAAUCUGUACCUGAAAAGUGUAUACAGAACGCUACGAGGGUGGCUUUGGUAUGUGGUGGCAGCGGUAUUUCUUAUGCUUUACCUAUUUUCAAAUACUUUGCAUCUGGUGAUAGGGCCACACAGAUCACGUAUUUGAAGCUUAUUUGGCUCGUUAGAGACAAACAUGACAUCUCAGUCCUAAAUCAUCUAAAACCUUUGACUCGGCAUAAUAUUCAAUUUGAAAUUUAUGUAACUGGAACCCUUCCUCAGGAUGACACUGACAACAGUAGACCUAAGGCAGUUACACCAGAUUCAGGUUCGGCUUCUGGUCACGAUGUCUUGGAGUUUGAGUUGGAGUCCCUGGGCGAUCAUUUAGACCAAAAUGGGGCUUUACUGCAACCACAUGAUGACGGCCCUAUUUCAGCAGGAAUCGCAUCCAUGAUUCACCUCGGCAAGAAACUCGAUUGGGUGACUGACUUGGCUCAAUUCGUUGAGGAGGAUUCGUUGGAAAGCACUUGGCUUGUGACAUGUGGGCCCAGCGGUCUCAAUGACGCCGGCAAACUGUACGCAUAUGAUAAUAAAAUUAACUUGGAAUCGGAGACGUAUGCAUUGUGA